GCAACCGCACGACCGACUCCCCGUCAAAAAUCAUGUUCAAAGCAGCCCUGCGCUCUGCCCGCCCAGCGGUACUCGCCGCACGCGUCGGCGUCAAGUCUGCAAACGCCGCUUCUUUGCGCGCACUUUCUACGACCGUUAUCCGCCGCUCGGACGGCCACCACGCAUCUGCCCCCUCUCUUUACGGUACUGGUGCGAAGGAGGGAGAGGUCCCUACCGACGAGGCCCAGUCUACUGGUCUUGACCGUGUUCAGGUCCUUGGUAACCUGGAGGGUGUUGAGGUCUUCGACUUGAACCCGCUGGAUGCGAGUCGUAUUGGGACCCUUGCCGACCCUAUCAAGGUCUUCUCCGUGGAACCCGACCGUAUCAUCGGUUGCACCGGCUACCCUGCGGAUUCACACGAUAUCCUGUGGAUGAACCUCACCAAGGAGAAGGUGCGGCGAUGCCCUGAGUGUGGAUCAGGUGAGUGCCUUUGCCUCGCUCGCUGCGGCGCAGUAACUUAUGUUAUGCGUGCAGCAUACGCCCUCGAGCAGGACGCCGCUGGCCCUGUUGUUCACGAGGUCCACCACCAUUAA